AUGUCACACCAAAACGAAGUCUUAGAAAAAGAUAUAAAAAGUCUUCAAUUUAAAUUUAAUCAAAUUCUAACAUCCGGUUGUCAUUAUUAUACACAAGAAAUAGCAAAUCAUAUAAAACAUAUUAACAAUGCAUUGGAUAAUAUUAAACUUGAUCAUGAAUUUCAACGUGGAUCAAAAAAUUGGGCAAAACAAUUUGAUUCAAAUCAAAUGAAAUUAAAUGAAACAAAUAUUGAACAAUUAAUUGCACAAGGAUAUAGUUUGACUCAAGAACUUAAUACUUGUCUUCAUACAACUACUGUUAAAAACAAAGAAGAAAAUCAAAUACGAGAAUUAAAUAGUUGGACAUGUAGUACAUUACUCGAUUAUCUUCAAGCACUUCAACCAUCUGCAUCGGGUUCUUAUGCUCGAUUAGAUAAUAUUGCUCAUCAUCUUGGUGUUACUGAUCGUUAUAUUGGUUAUCGACAUAAUUUAACUCGUAGUGGAAAUCAACCAUUAAAUGUUCAUACAAUAUGGGCUGAUCGAAAAUUACCUCGGUCAAAAACAUUUAUUCAACAACCAUCAACACCAGAUUGGAAAGCUUGGGUUCAUGCUUAUCGACAUUAUGGUCCCUCAGCAACAACAACAACAACAACAUCGAAUGAACAAACAACGAAUAAUAAUCAAAAACUUCUUGGUUAUUUACAACCAACACAAACAACAACAGAAUCAAAUCAAUCGAGUACAAAAUCGAACUUUUAUUCACAAUCAUGCAUAUAUGAUAAUGAUUAUAAUAAUGAAGUUCGUAAAGCAGGUAUUAAUUUAACAUUUCCAGGUGAAACUGAAUUUAUGGAUCGAUAUAAAAAACCUGAAGAAUUACCUUAUUCUCCAUUUACAAUUAAUCCUCAACCUGAUUAUACAUUACCUGGUCGACCAUUAGCUCGUGUUGUGCCUGAUUCAUUUAACAGUGAAUAUACACGCAGUUAUGUAUUUCCUGAUUCAUCGAAAAUUGAAAAAUUUCCAUGGUUACGUUCAUCGUAA